UUACCAUGAGGUAGGUUGCAAGGGCAGUGAUGGUCUGAUUAGAAUACUAGCUGUCACAGAGCGCCAGAUUGUUUUGUGCAAAAUAUAAAACGUAGAUUGAGGUCAAAGCAAAAAUGAGUUUGUUACCCCGAACUUCCGAGGAAUUCAGUACCGCUGAAUACUGGGAGAGAUUUUUUAAGAAGCGUGGUGAGAAGUCAUUCGAGUGGUAUGGAGACUACAACAAACUAUGUGGCGUGCUGCACAAGUACAUCAAAAUGAAAGACCAGGUGCUGGUGGUGGGCUGCGGCAACUCUGAGCUGAGCGAGCAGCUUCACGACGUGGGCUACAAGCACCUGACCAACAUUGACAUCAGUGAGACGGUGGUGUCCCACAUGAACCAGCGCAAUGCCGAGCGGCGACCGGGCCUGACAUUCCAGCAAGUUGACGCCACCCAGAUGCCGUACGAGGCCGCGUGUUACCAGGCCGCUCUAGACAAAGGCACCCUGGAUGCGAUGGCAUCCGAAGAGGGAGGAGCCCUGGCGAGGAAUAUGCUCACUGAGGUGGGACGUGUGCUCACCAUUGGAGGUAGGUACGUGUGUAUCACGCUGGCUCAGGAGAGUGUGAUCCGGCUGGCCGUGGAGCACUUUGUCCAGCUAGGCUGGGCAGUGAGGCUCCACUGCCUGCAGGAAGAAACCUGCGCUGAGGAAGACGACGACUCCUUUGCUCUGCCCGUUUUCGUCCUGGUCUGCACCAAGUUCCGCCAGCCCAUGCCAUCGCCCAUUCUGGAGAUGUGCCUCGGCGAAGAUGGCGCCCCGAACCGUCUGGCGCUGCCGGCCGACUUGCUGGCGGCCGUGCGGGAACGGCAGGCCUACUCGGUCCUUAGGAAGAGGCUGCGCACGCGCACGGACACCGACGCCGACCUGUCACUCACGCUCUGCCACGCAAAGACCGGCCUGCCAAGAUACACUCUCACUGUUCAGGAUUCACCCCCAACUGUCAAGGUGCCGAGGUUCAACCAGUUUGCCAUAUUCAUUGUGCCUCAAGGCAGCGAGACGGCAUGGCUCUACAGCUCCAGCGAGGGCCGGCGGCAACUGGCAGCCAGUGCCAACUUUCGCCGCCUAGUAACCGUGGCCAUGCAUAGGAAUCAAGAGUAUGCCGACAUGCAGGCCGUCCAGUCGGAGCUUUCGCCCAUGGUGAUGGACUUGGCCCCGCCAGGAAUGCCGGACAACCAGCAGGUCCCGUUUCUGUCUGUGGGCGGCGACCUGGGUUGGCGGGAAGAGGUGAGUAGGGGCGUGAGCGAGCAUAGCGGCGAGUACUGCGUGGAGAACGUCAGAGGGGAGGACGGCGAGCUGUACCGCAGACUGGUGUUCCUGUCCAACGCGGCGCUGGUGCAGUCCGAGAGUCGUCUAGUCUCCUCCAAUAGCACAUCAAGUCAAAAGAAGAAGAACAAAAAGAAAACCAAACCGCCGUCAUCGUCCUCCCUGCCAGUACACAGCGGCUUCCUUUGCUGUGCCCACCACGAAGUCAUGGUGGCUGGUCUCGCAAUGUUGGGCAUAGGCAAAGACAAAAACAAAGACAUCCCGGUGUCAGUACUGGUGGUUGGACUCGGAGGAGGAGGACUGCCCCAGUUUCUGCGGGACUUUGUGCCCGGCGUGUCUGUGGAGGUGGUGGAGCUGGAUCCCGUGGUGCUGGAGGUGGCCACGGAAUGGUUCCACUUUCGACCGGACGAUCGCCUGACCGUCACGCUUGGGGACGGCCUUGAACGCAUCUGCGCCCUGGAGAAAGAAGGUGGUCGUUUGUUUGAUGCCAUCAUGUUCGAUGUGGACAAUAAGGACAGCACGGUGGGUAUGAGCUGCCCACCUGCUGCCUUUGUUGAAACUUCCAUCCUGCACAAAGUCAGCCGCCUACUCACCCCUAAAGGCAUUUUCAUACUCAACCUGGUGUGCCGCGACUCCACCUUGAGGAAAGACGUGCUGGAGCGUGUGAGCCGUAUUUUCCCCGCCAUCCUAUCGCGAAAGAUCGACGGGGAGGUGAACGAGGUGCUCCUCUGUCGCCGUGAAAGUGUUGGCAACAUGCCAUCGCUGAAGCAAGCGGGACACGAUCUGCAGAGAGCCCUGCGCUCCGGCAUGACCCACAACCCUAAAAUAGACAUUGCUGAGUUGUUGAAAGACAUGAAAGUGACAUGACUGUGAUGGACCCAAAGCAGGGGUGGAGAACCUACAGCCAAAAAAUAUAAAUGUAUAAUAAGAAACAUUUACUUUUCAUAAAUUAAGUGUGGCCCUUGGAGGACCUAAAUGGUGCACGUUCCGAAAAAUUUUCCCCCUCCACUGCAUCUGCAGAGUAUUCACAUUGUCACUAUUUCGAUAUUUUAUUAUGUCGUAGCCUUAUUUAAAAAAAAAAAAAAAAAAAAGACAAUUCACAAUUUCUUUUCAACAUUUUACACAACACAGCAUGAUAACAUGAUAAAGGUUUUUGACAUUUUUGCUAAAGUAUUAAAAACAAUUAAACAACAUUUACAUAAGUAAUCAGCCUACAUGCUCAGAAGUGUGUUGAUAGACAUUUGGCAUUUGAUAGACAUUUUUCCGAAGAAACCUCACAAUACAUCUGGGAAGUAUUCAGACCACUUCACUUUUUCCACAUUUCAUUAUGUUACAGGCAGCCUUAUUAUAAAAGUGACUUUUUUUCCUUUAGACCCAACACCCCAUAAUAACUUAUAGGAUGGCCCCCAGGGACAACCUACUAAAUGAAUGCCUCAGGCAAGAAAAUCCCAAUAAGGAGAAGCCCCAGAUGGACUGUCAUGGAAAGACAGAUCGAAGUGGCUGACAGAAAACAUGCAACACAAGAACAGCCCCUAAACACAAGAUCAAUAGAGGCCGUGGCGACCACAUCAGACAGGACCGCAGAUGCAGGCAUUCCCAAGCCCCAGUGUGUGCGCAGCACAUAACAGUGUGUAAGAUUCUGCAAGGCAUACAUGUAGUGAAAUAGCAGAAAUAGGGUACUGGAACAUCUGUACCAAAUAUGGACUGGAGGUCCCAGGAUCAAGAUGGCAGACACCACCCAAGGUGCUUGAGAACCAGGCCAAGAUCCUAUGGGACUUCCAAAUGCAGACUGACAAACUGGUGAGGGCCAACCAACCCGACAAUGGUAGUGGAUGAACAGAAGACAGCGGUCGUGAUAGACGUAGCAAUCACGAGUGAUAGCAACAUCUGGAAAAACUCAAAAGCUGGAGAAAUACUAAAGACUGAGAAAAUGUGGAUGUGAAGCCAAUAGCGGUGCCCGUAGUGCUCGGGGUAAUGGGGGCAGAAACCAAGCUCGGAUGGCUCCGGCAGAUACCAGGAACAUCUUUCAUCUUCCAGAAAAGCACAUUACUGGGAACAGCUAAGAUCCUGCGCAGAACCUUCUAGCUCCCAGGCCUCUGGUAGAGGACCCGAGCUUGAAGGACAUCCGGCCGGGCGGGUGAGAAAACUAGCUGCUUCCAAUCUCGUGACAAUAAAAUACAUUGUUUUCUAUGGAGAAAACCUCUGGACCAUUUCCUCGCACCACUCUUUGUCAUUAAACCAUGUCAGACACAUUUUGACCCAUGUUAUUCAUAAAACAGCAGAAAAAAAUGGAUUCUGAUGAAAGGUCAUUCAAUGCUAAAGUUUAAUCACACCACUUCUGGCGUCGGACUGACUUGACGAAUGCCACACGGCGCAAAUCACGUAAAUUAGGCUAGGUGUAAAUAGCGCCAUACCGUGUAGCCGGCCCUGCUCCUUUUUUAAUAACGGACCGAGUGGCUUUAACCUAAAGACACUGGACUCUAAAUUGCCUCCAGGUUGUGGCAUUGUAAAUUAGAAACUUCGCAAAUGCCUUACCUGGUUAAACAAAGAAUAAAUGAAAAAAAAUAGUGACCUUCUCAAUGUAAUGAACUAAACAGGACCACCUCCCAUGGGACACACACGAGCCGAGCGACAAGCAGAAGGACUGCGUUGCAAUGGAGCGAGGAAAGCUGGUGGUCAACCACUGCGCUCUCAACUCAACCUUCAUCUGUAAAAAAGGUCCAAAAGUCAUUAAUGCUAACCUUGCAUGUCUCCAAAUUUGAUCGCUCAUUAUUGCACCUAUCAGAAUCAGAAUAAUCUUUAUUUUGCCAAAUCUAUCCAAAAAACAAGGAAUUUGUCUCCGGUAGUUGGAGCCACUCUAGUACGACA